CUUUACAUAACUAAGGAGGCGUGGGACAUACAGAGCGAUGUUUUCGUCCAGCGCCGCUUGUUAAGCAGUUCAAUCUUGCGACUUAUGAUGCUACUCAAAUGAAAAUGAUUUUAGCAUAGAAAGAUCUGCGUUGCGCAGAAGUUCUGUACAAUGUUGCCUUCUGCCGGCUCUGGCCUGGCGAGGACGGGGCUGGCGAGCCCUGCAUCAAGUGCAUUGUCUUGGGUCCAGUCCCAGCAUGUUGUGCCGCUUCCACCACACCAUAGAAUGCGGCCUUGCGCUGGGCAGGUCUCAACCAGCGCCAGCUCCAGCCUGCCCAGCGGGCCGCUGGCCAGCCCACAAACGGCGUUGCUAUCUUCAAGAACCUCUCUUCAUGGGCAGCCUGCGCCUGUCUUCGCAAGCGCCCAAUGGCCGGGGUUAGCGACGGGGAGCUCCCGCAGAUGCGUCGCGGAGGCCCCGGCUGUGCCGUCGACGCGUUCACAGCACGCAACCGUGGCGGAGCCGGACCCUCUGCCCACGCCUCUGGGUCAGAACACACAUCGCGAGCCCGCUGCUGGCCCCGCAGCUGCCUCGGAAGCUUCAGUUGCUUCGGAAAAUUACUUUACUGGGGCCGGCAACGGCAACGGUAGCGUCGGCAGCAAUGUCAGCGGCAACGGCCAGGCUUUUGCACGCGACGCUGCUCUCAAUGGGCGGCAAAGCGCGCUGCCCGCAGCCCACAGCCCUGGGCAACCCAGCACCAGCAGCAGCAGCAGAAGCAGCUCCGGGACCAGCGCCUCCACGGCUGCCCCUGCUACAGCCGCGCCGGCGGCCACGGCAGUAGCGGCCUCGUGGGGCCCUCGUGAUGUGGGUGCCGACAUUGCGCUGCUGCACCGCAUCCUGGACGCGCCCUCCUGGCAGGCCCUGCGCGACGUGCUGCUCCAGCACCAGGAGGCGCACGCAGAAGCCUGCCGCCUCGCCGCCACCGCCGCAGCCGCCGCAGUCAUCGCCUCCGACUCGGCAGCAAGCGAAGCCGCGGGCGGCAGCGCCAGCGGCAGCAGCAACGCCAGCACCUACUCGUCGCCGCCCGCCUUCACGCCUCGGCUACUUUCCACCGCGCUGCACGCCGCCAGUCGUCUGGUGGCGGACCCGCGCGGCCUCAGCGCCGGAGAGCGCCUGGCCCUGGGCGACUUCGUCCGCGGCCUGGGCCGGGCCUGCGCCGCCCUGCCCGCGCCCUCCCGCUCGUCGUCCUCGCCUGCGUGGGCUUCGCCUGCGUGUGCAACAUUAACAGCAGCGGCUGAGUCUCAGGCAGCAGCAGGGGCGCAGGGAGGAGGGAGCGGCGCCGUGACGGGCGCCUGGGCGCCGGCGGACCUGACCAUGGCUCUGCGCGCGCUGGCACGGCUGCUGGGCGGGCUGGGGGCAGACGCCGCCGCCGGGCCUGGACGCGGGCGGGUCCUGGGCGACGGAGAGGAGGGAGCCUAUUACGAUGAGGGCGAUGAAGAAGAGGAGGCAGAUGGGGAGGGGGAGGACGAGGUGGGCGCGGGGUUCGUGGGACGCAGCCCCGGCAGCCGCGGCUGGGCCGGCUCGCAGUCGUACGACGAGCACGACGCGUACGGCGCGGCGGCGGAGCACGGGUACGGCGAUGCCUUGGAGCUGUCGUACUACGGUGGUGGCGGUGGCGGUGGCAGCCGACUGCUGCCCUCCUCCCAGUCGCCACCAUCGCUCAGCCCUCAGUCGGCGUCGCAGGGGCAGCCGCAGGGGCAGUCACAGCCUCAGCCUCAGGCGGCGUCGCGCUACAGCGAGCGCGGGCUGCAGGCGGGCUGGCUGGACGGCGAGUGGCUGGAGCGGCUGCUGGGCCCUGCGGUGGAGGCGCGGCUGCAGGAGUUUGAGGGCCGCCACGUGUCGGGCGUGCUGUGGUCCCUGGCCACCCUGGGUGUGCGGCCGCGGCCCGAGCUGCUGGGCGCCCUGUGCCGCCGCGCCGCACAGCUGUGCCGCCACCAGCACCACCCGCAGAGCGGCGCCGACGACAAAGAGGAGGAGGAUGAGGAGCAGGCGGAGGAGGAGGUGGAGGCAAAGGUGCCGCUCUGGAUGGCUAUGACGCCGCAGGGGCUGUCGCUGACGCUGUGGGCGGUGGCGAGGCUGGGCUACGUGCCCCGCGCCGCCGUGCUGGAUCGCCUCACCGCCGCCUGCCUGGCAGACAUGCAGCCGCACGUCGGCAGCAGCAGCGGCAGUUUUUGGCGCGGCGCCCGUACGGGUGCCAGCGCGUGCGCGCUGGAUGUGGCGCAGCGCGUGUGGGCGCUGGCAACCCUCGGCGUACACCCGGGUGCGGCCUGGGUGGAUGCGGCUACGGACGCCUUCCUGCAAGCCGAGGCGGAGGCGGAGGCGGCGGCAGUGGCGGCGGCGGCACAGCGGCAGGUGUCGGGCCAGAGCUGCAGCAUGUUUGUGUGGGGGCUGGCGCGUCUCAACGCCCUGGCGCCGAGGAGCAGCCGCGCCCCGCAGCCGCAGCCGCCAGCUCCGCCUGGCAGUGCGCGGUCCGGCGCAGGCGCAAGCAGCCAGGCCGGUGCAGAGGAGGAGGCUGAGACGGAACAGGAGGAGGAGCGAGAGGAGGAGCGGCAGCGGGCGGAGCGCAUCGCCAGCUCGCUGACCGCCAGCACCUCGAGCGGCAGUAGCAGCAGCAGUGAAGGCAACGGCAGUAGCAGCAGGCCGGCACGCGCGCCUCGCAACGGCAUCACCAUCCGCCCCGCCGGCUUUGAGGCUGCGGUCAGUGGCCAGGCGGCAGCAGCUGCGUCCAGCACUGCUGCGUUAACACUCACGCCGCCGAAGGCUGUGGGCGCAGACGCGGCGGUGGAGGAACUGGAGCAGUGGCUCAGCGACGCAGCCGGCGGCCACGUGGCGGCUGGGGCGGGCGGUGCCAACACCACCACCACCAGCAACACCGGCAACACCGGGAGUAGCAGCACUGGGGAUGCCGGAUCUGGUAGCGGCGGCGGCGGCAGUGGGCUGUGGGCUCGCGGCCGCGCCAAGGCUCUGCUGGCGCUGCUGGCUCGGGCGCUUCCGGCCAUGGAGCCGCAGCAUCUGGCCACCAGCCUGUGGGCGCUGGCGGCGCUGCAGCUGAGGCCCAGCCAGGCCUGGCUGCAGGCGUACCUCGACGCCACGGGCCGGCGGCUGUCGCUGGCGCUCCUGCCCGCCGCCGGCGCCUCCGGGGCCUCGGCCGCUGCGGCCGCCGCAUCCGCCGCUGGCGGCGGCGCCGCUGCCGCCUCUGCCGGUCUUCGGCCGUACGGCGCUCAGGCUCUGGCCAUGACGGCGGGCUCACUGGCGCGGCUGGGCUACCGGCCGCCGCUGCCGUGGAUGGUGUGCCUCACCGAGGUGUGCCGCAAGGAGCUGCCGUCCUUCGGCCCGCACGCCGCCGUGACGCUCACGUGGGCGCUGGCACGCCUCUCCUACCGCCCACCCUCCGCCUGGACCGCCGCCUUCGCCGCCGCCACCGCCCGCCUGCUGCCCGCCAUGAGCCCCCUGGGCCUCAGCCUCAUGCUCUGGUCGGCGGCGCGGCUAGGGCUGGCGCUGCCCUCCCGCUGGGUGCGCGCCGCCGCCGCCGCCAGUGCGCCGCAGCUGCGCGCCGGCGCCGCGGGCUGGGAGCGCGCCGCGGCGCUGCUGGAGGCCCGCGACGCCGUGGCGGCGGCGCGCGCGGCGGCGGCCGCCUCCGGCAGCGGCGGCAUGGCGGCUGUGCUCGCCAAGCUGCCUCGCGCGCAGCGGCUUCAGCUGCAGCAGCAGAUGGAGCUGCUGCAGCAGCUGACGGGGCGGCAGGGGCAGGCGCAGGGCCAGGGGCAAGGCCGGGACCCGGUGGCGGCGGCGCUGCAGGCGCAGCCGCUGCCGCUGCAGCCGGCGCUGCUGGCGGCGCAGGUGUGGGCGCUGCCGCAGCUGCUCAAGAAGCGGAGUGCCCGGCCGCCGGCGGCGUGGGUGGCGCUGGCCGACGCCGCCACGCAGACCGCGGUGCGCUACACCAAUGCAAUCGCCAGUACAUCCGCUACAGCCGCUGGCGGCGCAGCUGCUCCUGCUGCAGCCGCCGCGCAUGGUACGCUGGACCCGCGCACGCUGUCCAUGCUGCUGCAGGGCUGGGCGCGCAUGCGCACGCCCCUGUCAGAGGCCUGCCUGUCCGCGGCCCUGCGGUACAUCGAGCGCGAGGCCGCGGUGGCUGUAGCAGCCGGUGCCGGCGCUUCUGCCACUCCUGCUGGUGGCGCUUGUGCUACUGCCGCGGCGGCGGUGGGGCCCCAACACGUGGUGCUGGUGCUGUGGUCGUGUGCGGUGGCGGGCGUGAGCCCUCCGCCCGAGGCCCUGCAGCGCCUGACGCAGCUGCACGCGCAGCUGCUCAUGAGGCAGCAGGGCGCGGCGGCGGCAGCAGCAGCGGCCGCAGCGGUGGCGGCGGCGGCGGCCGCCGCUGCUGCUGCUGGGGGCGGCUGCCCGGCAACUGGUGAUCGUGGUGAUGGCGAGAUGGUGCCAGCGCUGGAGUUGGAACGCAUCCAGGACGGUGUGGAGAUGCAGCGGCAGCUCCUGGCCGAGCUGAUGGUGGGCGCCGGCGGCGGCAGGCAGCAGGAGCUGGGCAUGCUGCUGUGGGGCCUGCUGCGAGCCGGCGCGCCGGCGCCGCCGCCCUGGCUGCCCGCAGUGCUGGCGGCGGUGGGGCGGCGGCUGGAGGAGUCGGCGGCGGGGGCGGCGGAGGUGGGGGCGGGGGUCGAGGCCGCCGCUGCCGUGGCGGCGGCGUCUGGUGUCACUGUGGCGUCGUCGGCAGCAUCGGCAGCGGCCGCGGCUACUGCCGCUGGCGCCGCUGCAGCUGGGUCAUACUACGGCGCGAUGAUGAGCGGCAGUAGCAUGAUGUCAGCUAGCAUGGACGGCGGCAGCGGCAGUAGCACCAGCGGCGACGUGGCGGUGGUUGCGCCGCCGCAGUGGCAGCGCCCCCAUGCGUCCCAGCCGUCCGCCGAGCUACCCGACAGCCAGCCUCGCGCCGGCCCUCGCACUUCCUCCUCCUCCUCCUUCACCCCCUCGUCAGCCUCCUCCUCCUCCUCCGUGUCGCUCCUCACGGUGGCCACGCUGGCUCGCGCCUGCCUGGCCUGGCGCCUGUACCCGGGCGACCGCUGGAUGGCAGCUGCCGGCACCUGCCUGGAGGCGGGCGCGCUGUGGACCGCACGGCGGCGGCAGCGGCGGCUGGCCUUCGAGGCGGAGGUGCGCUACCUGCUGACAGAGCUGGACGCGCUGGGCGGCAGGCGGCUGGAAGAAGGGCCGGAAGGAGGGCCGAUAUUGGGUGCGGGAGUGGGGGUGGGUGCGGGAGUGGGGGUUGGCGUGGGUGCGGGGGUGGGAGAGGGGAGGGGGAUGGGAGCAGGGGUGGGGGGAGGGGCAGGGAGAGGGAGGCGGCGAGGAGGAGGUCGGCAGGAGGAGGCGAUUGCGGCGGCGUGGGCGGCGGCGGACGUGGCGGGCGCGGCGCUGGGCAACGCGGUGGCGGCGGUGGCGGCGGGGUCAGCGGCGGCGUGGAUGCAGGGGCUGGUGCACUGGUGAGGAGGCGGGCGCAGUGGCAGGCACGGCUGCAGGUGCUGCGGCUGCAGGUGCGUUUGCGAUUUCGUGGCCGCAGCGGGGGCUCUGGCGGACCAGCACUCAUCAGUGGGCGCUCAGGCGUUUGGGGUGGCCGGCUGGGUCAUACCGUAUGGGGCGUCAGUUCCUAGGGAGCCGGGGGCCGACCUGCUUAGUGAGCAUGUGCGGCGCUGGUUGGACUUAAACCGCACGUUGGUACUGCACGGCGGCAGGAAGUGGUUACUGCACGGCGGCAGGAAAGACUCGGAGGUCGCACUUGGCUAGGACUCGCUGGUCGCACUGGGGGCGGGCUUGCAGGUGUGUGCUUGUGUGGGCGAAUUGCGAAGGGUUGCUUGCAUGCACGCGUUUUGUGGUUAUGUUCUGUUGGCUGCCAGACGCAGAGCCAGAGAGAGCAGGAAGGCACGGUCAGUGGGUUGGAAGGUGCGAACGGCGAGUGAGGAAAGGGUAGGUGUUGUGCGGAAUUGGUGAUUGUGUGGACAAAGGGAGGGGCCGUUCGGUGGCGCUACCGGGAUGUGCCGCUGUAAUCGUAUUCCCGC